CACUGAGGGAGGCCAGGGAUCGAACCUGCGUCCUCAUGGAUGCUAGUCAGAUCCAUUAACCGCGGAGCCACGACGGGAACUCUUAAAUUGUUCUUCUUUUCUGUAAUUUGGCCUGUAGAGUAUGUUAUAUAAAUGGAAUGAUGUAGGUAUACAAUCUUUGGGGGUUGAAUUUUUUCACUCAGAAUAAUUCUUUGGAGAUUUACCCAGGAUGUUGUUUGCAUCAAUGUUUUGUUGCUUUUUAAUACUGAGUAGCACUGAUAUGUGUUACUGUAGUUUGUUUAAUCAUCCAGCCAAUGAAGGAAGUCUAAGUUGUUUCCCUUUUGUCUCUUAUAAAUAAAACUGCUGCAAAUAUUUGUGUACAGGUUUUAUGUGAACAUAAGCUUUUAUUUCUCUGGGAUACAUGCCCAGGAGUGCAAUUGGUGUGUCAUAUAGUAGUUGCAUAUUUAAUUUUUUUUAAAAGAUACUGCCAACUGUUUUCUAGAAUGGCUAUACCAUUUUACAUUCCCAUAAGCAACAUAUGAGUGAUUCAGAUUGUCUGUGUGGCUGGUGGCAUUUGGUUGUCACUCUAUGCUUUAGCCACUCUAAUAUGUAGUAGGGAUAGCUCAUUGAAAUUUUAAUUCGCAUUUCUCAAGUGGCUAAUAAGUUUGAACAUCUUUCAGUGCUGUGUGUCAUCCCUUUAUCCUCUUUGGAGAAACACCCUGCAAUGUCUACUGCCCAUUUUCUAAGUGGCUUUUUUUUUAAAUUAUUAUUGAGUUUUGAGAGUUUUAACUAUAUGUGUAUAUUUUUUCUGAUGCUAAUCUUUUGUCAUAUAUGUGGUUUGCAAAUAUUUUUCCCUAGUCUGUAGUCUGUCUUUUCAUCCUCUUAACAUGGUUUGCUGAACAGCAAAAUUUUUAAAAAAUUUUAAUGAAGUCAAAUUUAUUAAUUCUUCAUUUUAUAGAUUGUGCUUUUGGUCUGAGGGGCGAGGACCAGGAACACCAAUGUCUAAGGGCAGGAGAGGAUGGGUGUCCUAGCUCAAGCAGACAGAAAAUUUACCCUUCGUCCACCUUUUUGUUCUCUUUGGGCACACAGCAGGUUAGAAGAUACCUACACACUUUGAUGGACCAAACCCCUUAUGCUAGCAAGAGAGGGUGUGAGGUUUUCAAUCAAGUGCACCUUUGGGGCCAGGUGCAGUGGCUGAUGGCUUUAUGGCUGCAACACCUUUGGUCCAUGGAUGCAGCAGAGCGGAACCAGGAAGGAAUCUGUGAGCCAGAGAGAAGGGCAGAGAGCCGGCAAGUCCCCUGGGGAAAGACAUUUCCUUCUAGAGUCAGUUCCAGAGGGGGGAGACAAGAGUUGGGGAGAAGCAUGGGGUCUGAGCGAACCAGUGGAGUGGGGACUCCCUGGAGGCUGGAGAGACCUCCAGAAGAGGAGCUGCCCACUGUCCAGAGCAGACGGUGGGCGAGGGCAUUGCGGGCACUAACGACAGUCCUGCUUUUCAGUCUAAUCCUCGGUUCUUCUCUGGUGCUUUGGGCCUACAUCCCAGGCUGUCGCCCUCGCCCCUGUGAGACACUUGUGUGCUGGAAUCUCCUGGAACGUUACCUGGCCUCUGAGAACCGAAAUGUGGCCCCUUGCACUGACUUCUUUAGCUUUGCCUGUGGAAACAACAACAGGACCAGGAAUUCUUUUCAGGAACUUGCAGAGGAGAACAAGAACCGGCUUCGGAGGAUACUGGAAGCCCCCAGUUCCUGGCACCUGGCCCCCGGGAAGGAGAAAGCCUUCCAAUUCUACAACUCCUGCAUGGACACAGGUGCCAUUGAGGCUGCAGGGGCUGGUCCCCUCAGACAAGUUAUUGAGGAGCUCGGAGGCUGGCCAGUCUCUGGUAAUUGGACACCCUUAGACUUUAACCAAACUCUGAGCCUUCUGAUGAGUCAAUAUGGUCACUUCCCAUUCUUCAGAGCCUAUUUGCGACCUCUUCCCAUCCCUCCCCACACGCCGGUCAUCCAGAUAGACCAGCCAGAGUUUGAUGUUCCCCUCAAGCAAAAGCAGGAAAUGAAGAUCUAUGCACAGAUCGUGCGGGAAUACCUGACUUACCUGAACCAACUGGGAACUUUGCUGGGAGGAGACCCAAGCCAGGUGCAACAACACGCCUCCAUGUCCAUCUCCAUCACCUCGCAGCUGUUACAGUUCCUGAGGCCCCAGGAGCAGCGGCGAGCACAGGGAAAGCUCUUCCAAGUGGUCACAAUCGGCCAACUGCAGGAAAUGGCCCCUGUCAUCGACUGGUUGUCCUGCUUGCAAGCAAUAUUCACACCGAUGUCCCUGAACCCCUCCCAUUUCAUUGCCGUCCACGACCUGGAGUAUUUGAAAAACAUGUCGCGACUGAUUGAAAAGGAGCUGUCAAAACACAGGGAAUUUCUGCAGAGCCACAUGAUCUUGGGUCUCGUGGGAACCCUCUCUCCAGCCCUGGACAGUAAAUUCCAAGAGGCACGCCGAUCGCUGAGCCAGAAACUGGGAGAGCUGACAGGAGGACCACCCGUGCCCACCCAGCCCCGCUGGAUGACGUGCAUGGAGGAGAUGGAGGCUUUCUUCGAGCCUACACUGGCAGCCUUGUUUGUCCAGGAGGUCUUCAGCCCAAGCACGCAGAGCGCUGCCAUGGAAUUAUUCACUGCAAUCAAGGAUGCCCUCAUUGCUCGCCUCCAAAGCCUUCCCUGGAUGGAUGAAGAGACCCAGAGAGAGGCCCAGGACAGGAUCACCAAACUUCAGGUGAACAUGGGGGCCCCAGAAUGGGCCCUGAAGCCAGACCCGGCCACGCAGGAAUACGACGAUAUGCAACUUGGACCCAGCUUCCUACAAUCCUUCCUGAGUGGCAUCCGAUCCAGCCGAGCUAGAAUUAUCCGGAGUUUCUUGCAGCCUUUUCCCAGCCACAGGUGGCACGUGUCCCCCUGGAGGGUCAAUGCUUACUAUUCAAUAUCUGACCAUGUGGUAGUCUUUCCAGCCGGACUCCUCCAACCCCCAUUCUUCCACCCUGGCUACCCCAGAGCCGUGAACUACGGCGCUGCUGGCAGCAUCAUGGCCCAUGAGCUCUUGCACAUCUUCUACCAGCUGUUACUCCCUGGGGGCUGCCCGGCCUGUGACUCCCAUGCCCUACAGGAGGCGCUGCAGUGCCUGGAGCGCCACUAUGCUGGCUUUCCACUACCCAGUGGAAUCUCCUUCAAUGGCUCCUACUCAUUCCUGGAGGAUGCCGCAGACACAGGGGGGCUGGCCAUUGCACUGCAGGCAUACAACAAGAGGCUGUUACGGUACCGUGGGGAGACCACCCUACCCAACCAGGACCUGAGCCCCCAGCAGCUCUUCUUCCGAAGCUAUGCCCAGGUCAUGUGUAAGGACCCCAACUUCCAGGAUCCUCAGGAUACUCACAGCCCUGCUAUCCUCCGAACCCACGGGCCCGUGAGCAACAGCCCAGCCUUCGCCAGACACUUCCACUGCCCCCCUGGUGCUCCCAUGAACCCCUCCAUCCGCUGCCAACUCUGGUAAGCUGGCCAGUUGCCAAAGAGCCCUCAGUAUGGACGUAUCAUUGUCUCCUUGCCCUGUCCAUGAAAUCAGGAUGGACUUCUCUCCCGUUCUGCUCCCCAAAUAAAACCUGGUCCUUGGCUUCUGCCUGUCUCAUAAA